AUGGCAUCUGCUCGUGCCCAACAAUUUGCACACGAACGUGGGUCAAGAACACCCAAGAUUUACCACGCCUUCGAAAACUCGAGGGGAAGGGCAUACAUUCUCGAUGAGUAUAUCGAGGGUGUCCCCGCGACUGAGUGGAUCAAGGACAAUAAGGGUCAACUUUCCAGGCUCGCCGCAGAGGUAGCCAAAGAACUGGAGAAGAUGACCCUCUUUGAGGUUCCCCCAGACGCAACCCCUGGGGCCGUUGGAGGAGGGGUUUGCAUGCAUGGCUUCUUCGACGAUGUAACGGGAGCGUGGAGGUUAUACGACUCUAUUGAACACCUGGAGAAGGAUAUCAACAAGCUGCUUAGAAUCUUCAAAGCACCUUCGAGGUACAGAAAGGGGGUCAACUUCUCUGGGGAGAAGCUGAUCUUCUGCUUCUCCUUCAUCGACUUGGAGAAAUUCCUGGUGGGUGCCGACGGUCAGGUUUACACGAUGGACUUCAGGGAGGCGUGCUUCGUGCCAGAGUCGUUCAUGAGCUUCACUCUCCACUGGGAAUCGACGGGGUUCGCCCUGCCCGAACUGAUCGCUCAACAUUUGCCUUUCCCAAAAGCCAAGGAUCUCGAAACAUUGGGGUACGCGUCAUACCUUUUUCACAUAUGUAGUCCUCCUCGAGAGGCGAUGGAGGAAUGGAACGCAAAGGCUAAACCAACAGACCGACACUGGUCCAGGGACGAUAGUGGUAUUCUGUAUUUCGCCUGA